CACGGGCAGAUGACACGGGACAGGACAUGGGUGGCGUGCAGGUGGACGUGUGUAUGUGUGGAUGUAGUGUAGGUGGUCGUGUGCUGUGAUGCCCCUGGAGGUGAAAUGGCCCUUUCUACAGUGUCCGCAUUUGGCCUGGAGGAUCUCCAGCUGUCUGGUCAUGGGUAUGGUGGGCUCCUACUCGCUCUUCUGGACCAGGUACAUGAACUACUUGACAAUUCAUAACCAUGAGGUUCUAUUGGACCUGAUUGACCAGCGCCCGUUAGACACACCCCUUAUCACAUUAUCCAAUCAUCAGUCCUGCAUGGAUGACCCACACAUCUGGGGAGUGCUAAAGCUCAGACAGUUGUGGAGCUUCAACAAGAUGCGCUGGACCCCAGCAGCAUCAGACAUCUGUUUUACAAGAGAACUACACUCCAGGUUUUUCAGCCGUGGCAAGUGUGUCCCAGUCUGCAGAGGGGACGGUGUUUACCAGAGAGGCAUGGACUUCAUCCUGGACAAGCUGAACAGAGGAGAGUGGGUUCAUAUUUUUCCAGAGGGCAAAGUCAAUUUAACUGAGGAGUUCAUACGGCUGAAGUGGGGCGUUGGCCGUCUUAUAGCAGAGUGCUCCCUAAACCCCAUCAUUCUACCCCUAUGGCAUGUGGGUUUGAGUGACGUUUUGCCCAAUGCAAAACCCUACAUCCCUCGGACUGGCAAGAAAAUCACUGUCCUGGUGGGGAAACCAUUCAGUGUCAAAGACCUGGUUGACUCCCUCCGAGCUGAUAACAAGACUCAGAUGGAAAUGAGGGAGGUGUUGACUGAUUUCAUCCAGGGGGAGUUCCGUAGCCUGAAAACUCAGGCAGAGGCCCUCCAUGGACAAAUACAGUCCAAAACAUGAGUCCCAGGCUUCACCUUGGCUUACGACGGUCUGCAUGCGGAGCUGAUCCUGUACCCCAGUACUCAGGAUGAUAUCAGAAUUUAGAUUCUUUGGAGAGACCACACUUAACCAGUCCACCAUGCCUGCCUCCCUGAUGAAAUGGACUUUUGCAGCUAUUCCCUUUGUAAUAUCUUCUUUUGGACCACAGUUUCACUCCACCACGGUGGCCACAGUAAAGCAGACCCACAACCCACACUCAGGAAGGAAGUGAGGACACGCUUUGUAAAAAUUGGAAUGUUUUAGAACAUUAUAGAAAAGGUAAUAUUUUGACAUUAUGAUUAAUGUUAAGUGAUCUGUUAUUUCCUUGUGACGGAGCUUAUUUUGCAUUUUGGUCAUUGUUGGAAUCCAGUUAUGUUUAAUGUCUCAUGUUCAAACAGGUCCCUGUUAUUCAGUUUGGUUCAGCCAGUGUAGGAUACAGCUAUGUGAAGUCACACCGAUCAGAGCUGACACUUCAAAGCAAUCAGUCGUUGUGUUGUUACAGAAGAAUGAGAAAUAUGAGGUAAUUUCCCCUCAUGAUUUGCACAAGAUCUCACUUGAGUAAUCCUCGGUGGCACUGCGUUGUCUUGGAGCAGCUGGUCAAGUGAGCUGCUCAGUUGUAUUUUGACCCGUUACCCAUCAUAAGGUUAAUUUGUUGACCCGCUUGGCUGCUCAUCGUUUGAAUGAACAGGCGACCUUGUUCAGUCAUUCAGUAGGUGUUACUGAUUGACUGUAUGUGAACUCGAGCUUUAUAAUGAGACGAUCAAGUGAAGAAUUAUAAUAAGUUGCAUCUAUGGAUCCAUGGAAUUAGCACUAUACUGUGUAUAGAUAAUUUAGCAUUUACAGUAUAUUAUAAAGGCUUGGGUUUUUUUUGGGGGGGGGGGUAUUUUUUCCCCCUUUUUUCUCCCCAGUUGUAUCCGGCCAAUUACCCUACUCUUCUGAGCCGUCCCGGUCUCUGUUCCGCCCCCUCUGCUGAUCCGGGGAGGGCUGCAGACUACCACAUGCCUCCUCUGAUACAUGUGGAGUCGCCAGCCGCUUCUUUUCACCUGACAGUGAGGAGUUUCACCAGGGGGCGUAGCGUGUGGGAGGAUCACGCUACUCCCCCCAGUUCCCCCUCCCCCUCGAACAGGCACCCUGACCGACCAGAGGAGGCGCUAGUGCAGCGACCAGGACACAUACCCAUAUCCGGUUUCCCACCCGCAGACACGGCCAAUUGUGUCUGUAGGGAAACCCGACCAAGCCAGAGGUAACACGCAGAUUCGAUCCGCCGAUCCCCGUGUUGGUGGGCAACAGAAUAGACCGCCAUGCCACCCGGACGCCCCAUAAAGAUUUGUUUUGACUAAGUGUAUGGAUGUUUGGAUGACAUUUUGUUUGGGUGGUGAUUAUAUAUAUAUAUAUAUAUAUAUAUAUACACCUAUUACAGUGCAUCCGGAAA